AAAGCACUAUAUUAACGGUCAUAACAACUCAUAAUUUCUCUCUAACUCUCAUUCUCUCACUUACAAUCAUGGCUAUUACGCCAAUGAAUUCAAACCUCCUCUACAAGAUUAUUAUUGUUAUUUCCUUCCUUGCACUCACAACUUGCCCGGUUGCCUCGGCUGAAGAAUGCACCUCGAACCACCAAGGAGCAUGUCAUAACCGGAGCGAGGCGCUCAAGUAUAAGAUAAUAGCAAUAUUUGCAAUUCUGGUGACAAGCAUGAUCGGCGUAACGCUGCCGACGCUCUCACGCGUUGUGCCGGCAAUUCACCCAGACCGUGAUCUUUUUGUGUUAGUGAAGGCCUUUGCCUCCGGUGUCAUCCUCGCCACGGGUUACAUGCACGUAUUGCCGGACUCAUUCAAUGACCUCAUGUCGGACUGCUUGCCGAAAAAUCCGUGGCACAAAUUCCCAUUUACUACAUUCAUCGCCAUGUUUUCUGCUAUUUUCACCCUCAUGGUGGACUCUUUCUCCAUCAGUUUCUUUAAAAAGAGAAUCGCUGCUUCUUCUUCUUCUUCUUCUUCUUCUUCUACUACUACUACUACUACUACUACUGAUAUUUCCGAGAACAUUGAAGUUGAUGGUGGUUGCCGCAAAGUGAAUAAAGAAUUGGAAUCGCUUAGCCACAGUCACACUCACGGUCAUGAGAUUGAACAUGGAAAUGGAAACAUGAAAGUUGUGAGUGCGGAACAGUUGCUACGCUAUCGUGUUAUCGCUCAGGUGUUGGAGCUAGGAAUUGUGGUGCACUCAGUGGUGAUUGGUUUGUCAUUGGGAGCUUCAGAUAAUCCAUGCACAAUUAGGCCUCUCAUUGCAGCACUUUGCUUCCAUCAACUCUUUGAGGGAAUGGGCUUAGGAGGCUGCAUACUUCAGGCAGAGUAUGGGAUGAAGAUAAAGUGCAUUAUGGUAUUCUUUUUUUCCGUGACAACCCCAUUUGGAAUUGCAUUGGGGAUAGCUUUGUCAAAGGUGUACACUGACACAAGUCCAACCUCACUCAUAGUUGAAGGUGUUUUGAAUGCUGUGUCUGCAGGGCUUCUCAAUUACAUGGCAUUGGUAGAGUUAUUGGCCACUGAUUUUAUGGGUCCAAAGCUUCAAAGUAGAGUAAAGCUUCAAAUUUAUUCAUAUCUUUUUGUUUUGGUCGGAGCAGGAGGCAUGUCAGUCAUGGCAAUAUGGGCAUAGAAAAAAAAAUGAAGAAAGAAAGAAUAGAGUAGGGUUUUUAGAGAGGGAUUGUUUUUUACCUUUUUUUACCUUUUUUUUUUUCUCACAUGCCUUCAUGGGUUAUUUAUUCUCUCCCUCUUUCUCUCUCACUCUUCCCAUUUAUGUGUGUGUCAUCUUAGAUUAUAUAGUAUCUACAAUCAAAUAGUUUAUCUCAGCUUGUGAUUUAGUCUAGAAAGGCCUAAUAGAUGUUAGCCAAAUUGCAUGCUUGAAGUUAGGACUUUACGUCAAGGUGUUUUGUUCACUUCUGGGUUGUCACCCAAUUAAAGUAUCAUUGGUUUUUUUCAAAUUUGAUUUAAGGAUAAAAAUCAUAGUAAAUUUUAUAUAAAAAUUAUUUUUGUCAAAUUUAUAAUAAGACUGUAACGA